AUGCCAAAAAUCAAAUCAAAGUUAAAAACCGCGUUACUUAAACUUCAGCAAGAGAAAUCAAUUCGAGAUAAACGAAUAAAUAAUAUACGCAACAACAAACAUACUACUAACGCUAAUAUUAUAGGUAGUGGUAACAGACACAUAUCAAAAGCAAAGCAUAAUAAAGGCAAUGAAAAAAAUAAUAAUACCCUGAGGCCUCGACCACCUCCUUAUAAGCAUGGCGAAUCAAUUUUAUUGAUUGGAGAAGAACAUAUUCUAACCACUGGUGAAACAAUCACUGCAACUUCACACGAUAGUGAAGAACUAGUCUAUGAAAAGUAUGAGGAUGCACGUGAGAAUAUUAAAAUCCUUAGAGAGUACGGAGCAACAGUGUUGUUUGAGAUCGAUGGGACUCUGUUGGAGAAGUAUAGGGUCUUGAAGGGAAAACGAUUUGAUAAGAUCAUAUUUAAUUUCCCACAUGUUGGAAUGGGCAUAAAAGACAAAGAUCGAAAUAUCCUCGCAAAUCAAAAACUUUUACAGGGAUUUUUUUCCUCCUCGUCAAAAUUCCUCAAAUCUAGCAUACUCUAUUCAGCUGAAGACGUGGCCAAUGGAGAAAUUCAUGUCACCAUGAAAACAGGACUGCCAUACGAUGAAUGGAAUAUCCGAAAGAUUGCAAAGAGUGCUGGUAUUUUGACAAUAAAAGAAACAAUUCCGUUUUUGGUGGAUCAUUAUCCUGGAUAUCAACAUCGAAGAACAUUGGGAUUUAAGGAUGGAGUGAGUAAAUGUGGGAACGAAGAGAUUUUGUCAAAGAAUCCGAAGACUAUUGUAUUUGUUAGAAAGGAGGUGGUUGAUCCUCAAAUACAGGAAGUUAAAAAGAAGAAAGCGAAAAGUGAAAGCGAUUAUGAAGAUAAUUAUUGA